UGGCAGCACUAAGCGCCACUUGCUUACUUGUUUUCACAAGCAGGUUGAUAUUCCCUUGAAUAACUUACUGAAUACCUGUCUAUAGGCUAUCGCUGCACCCUUGGGUGAAGCCAAACCAUGAUCCAAACAAGGAAACGUGCCCUGGCCUACGUGCCUUGGGUAGCGCUCAUAGCCUUUCUCUUCAUCUUUGUGGGCAUCAUUGUUUGGGCAACCGGCUCUCGGACAGCCCUUUCCAACACGGAUAAAGCGCUUGCUGCUGUUUACGUGGAGGCAGAUAGAUAUCUCGAUACCAUCCAUAACGUUGCCGUCGGUGCCGCUACCGUGUGCGCGAUUAUGGCUGCUGUAAUGGUCCUCAUGUCUGGCGGCCGGACGUGCCUGGAAAAAGCAGUUGACCAAAGGGGCAAGGCUGUAUGCGGCUCCUGGCUUUGGCUAGCUACAGGAGCUAUCCUGUGCACCAUCUGGUGGCUCAUCCUGUUCUGGCUAGUAUUUGUCAUCUUCGGCAGCUGCCUGUGGUAUGGCGCCGCGUACACGGUCAGGGGCGUGCUUCAGGUUCCAUUGGACGUGGCCAACAGGACGAGCAACUCAACAGUCGUUCCGUCGCCUCCCCAAAGCUAUAGCAACACGACGGGUGUUUGCAGCAACGCUUGCCUCAACCUGGCCAUUUUCGAGUUUAUCGUUCAGAAAGACUGCAUUUGCGAUCUGAGCCGGAUUGCACUGAGCUUGGACCACACCAACAAGGCCUACGACGCCCUCGGCAGCGUUGUGGCGGGCUCCUUCCUGAUGUGGGUCGGCGCCAGCUUCCUUCUCAUGAACGCCGUAGCGGACUUUGCUAAGACCAAGCGCGAACGCGAGCUGCUGCUCCGAGCGCAGCGUGCAGCUGUUGACAGCGCCGCAACGCAACUAGCGCUGGGAACGGCGCCAGGGGCGGGAGGAGUGUACGCAGCCGGAUACCAGCAUGACGUCAUGCCGCUCCUUAACACACAGGCCGUGCAGCAGCAGCAGCAGUUGCACAUGGCCCAGAUGAUGGCGCAGGCGCAGGCGACCCAGAUGGUGCGGCAGCCGGUGGCUCCAGUCCCAGCAGCCCUCAACGGCAACGGCAGCCAAGCGAACCUUGGGAAUGCAGUAUGAUGACGUGUGUCACGUGUUCGUAGCACAUGCGCGUUUGCACGUGUCCUGGCGCUCCGGUUGCCGGGCGUUGGCGCGGUGUCAUGGCGCGGGUUUGUGUGUUUCAGGACUGCACAGAACGUGCAUGUGUUUCGGGAUGCAGUUUCUUAGGGGAGGGAUUUCACUGUCUGGAGUCUCGGCUCCAUGCUCCACGUCCCUGGUUGUAGCCGCUAAACCGCGGUCGCAGGUCGCUGGGUGUCAGGCGUAGUCAUUGGCGGGCUGGUUAUCGACCAUGGGUCCAUGUGGCAAGCGCAGUCCCGUGAGCAGACUCGGUUUGGUGAUCGCCAUAUCGCGGUUACAAUGCUUAACUCGUGCCUAUCCUCAACCAGUCCAUCGUGGGCAGUUAUCAUGCCGCGUACAGUGUCUCCAUCUUAACAAAUAUUCUUGUUUCGGUGUUGUCCUCAUGGCGUAGGGUGCAUGCUUCUGAAAACGGUCUGUUUCUCAUGUUAGCCGCGCUGUUGGCGCUGGCCAUACAUAUGGGCCAGAUUUGUGCACUGCCUUUAGGGAUGCUGGGUUUGCAUUCUGUCCUGGAUGUAAGGAUACAUAUAUGCGGG